UGAAUAAUCACAAAAACUCUGUAAUAAUAAUAAUAAUAAUAAUAAUAAUAAUAAUAAAUAAAUAAAUUGAUUGAGUCAUAUCGAUCGACCUGACUUAAUGGUGUUUAGUGAGAUUACCUUGUGCACUCUUCAGUUGGUGGAGGUACGAUCUUCACCUUCAUGCCACUUUUCGUGAACUUUGAAGUACUUGUACUUAAUAUUUACUUUCUUGAGUUUUUGAUUGAUGCGAUUUUUACUUUGAACUCUGCCCAAGUAUCAUGGCCACCAUCGUCGGAAUCCCCGUAGUGGACUUCUCUCCCUGUAGCUCACAAAACUCGGAAGUAUCAGACGAAAGUCUGAAGAAAGUCGGCAGCGAAAUUUGCAAGGCGUUUACUGAAGUUGGUUUUGUGUACAUAACGGGCCAUGGUAUACCCGGAGAACAGAUAGAAAGGUUUUUCCAAACAACACAAUCAUUUUUUUAUUUACCUGGAGAAGUAAAAAGCAGGUAUGCGAUGAGGAAGGGGGAGUAUCAUGGUUUUGCUGCCACAGAGACAGAGAGAUUAAAUCCAGACAGGCCGCAGGACUUCAAAGAAACUAUGAACUACCUCCCAGGUUGCCCUAUAAAGGACUGGCCUGUAACGGAAGUACCACAAUUUGUCAAAGACUACCAAAACUUCUUUGACACAUGCAGCCAUCUUGGUCAUCGUGUCCUGCAGUCGAUAGCGGCAGGUUUAGGCCUUCAAGACAUCAAGUCAUUUCAAAAGUUCCACCAGUUUUUGGGACAACCUGGUAAUUUGACUGCUCUGAGGACCCUCCACUACCCACCUGUCAAAGUUAAUGAGUUAAAGGAAGGUCAGUUACGGCUGGGAGAACAUUCAGACUACGGCUCCAUUACUCUUCUCUUUCAAGAUGAUGUUGGGGGUUUAGAGGUGGAGGGUAUAAAUGGAGAGUGGAUCCCUGCCACGCCCAUUCCUGGCACCAUCAUUGUAAAUGUCGGAGACAUGCUGAUGAGAAUGACAGCUGGAAAACUGAAAUCAAAUAGGCAUAAAGUAGUGGUGCCUGAAGAAGAAGUAAGGAGAAAGGUCCCUAGGUUCUCGGCAGCUUUCUUCAUGAUGACUGACCAGGAGGCUGUGAUUUCACCUUUAGAUGGCAGCACGUCCUAUGCCCCACUGACUAUGGGGGAAUAUAUUAAUAAGAAAUUUGCUGAAACUUACUAGCCUCGAAGGAUUGAUUUUAACCAGGUCAUUUGAAUGGGGUUACAAUAAUCAUUUUUCUUUCAAGCUACAUAUCAUUACUAAAAGUAAAACUUUAAAAAAAUGGUUAUUGUAUUUGAAAUGUAUUUUGCUGUAUUUCUUGUACUGUUCUUCAUUUAUGUUUGGAAAAUUAAUGCUUUCAAUGUUUUUUAUCUGGUAACUAAAUACAAAGGACUAUGCAUGACUUGGACAUUUUAAAUUUUUUAAUUUCAAUAGAUUUAUUUAAUGUGAUCAAUAAAUUGAAUAGUUUCAAGUGAGGGUUCUACUGUUUUAUUUCAAGGUUUGUUUAUAUUUGAAGAAAAUAUAUACAAACUCACUUUGAAAAGAAUUUCGGUACAUAACAAUUGACGUCUAAAAAAAUUCAGUAUAUGAAAGUGGACAUCAAAAAGAAUUUCAGUAUAAAUUAAUUGAAGAGUGAUUUUAAUUAUGUCCAUGAGAAGCACUCCUACGACUCUAAAGUAAAAAAAAUGGCAUAACAGGCAUAAACGAGGUUGCCGUUUGUGGUCUUCAGCC